AUGUCUACGCGCCCUGCGUUUUCUCUUCGAGGCUUGGCCUUUGUUUGGAAUCUGGUGCUGUCUCUGCUUUCUUUCUUGGGGUUUAUGACGGUGCUGAUACAGCAGCCAACGCUGCUCACGGUGCCUGUACACCCGGAGCGUUUGUUUACGCCGCCUGUGAGGGUUGUGGUGGCUCUGUUUACUCUAACUAAAGCAGUGGAGUUUGGCGAUACAUUCAUUCUUGUAUUCAAGAAGAAGCCUCUCUCUUUCUUACAUCUCUAUCACCACCUCACCGUCACCCUAUACUGCUGGUCUGCUCAGCAUACCAACGUAGACUUCGCCCACGGAUUCGUUGUUAUGAACCUCGGCGUACACUCUCUCAUGUACCUGUACUACUGCUUGUCAUGCUGUGUAUCCGCACCAGGGCGCAGCAGCUCCCAAGGGGCAAGCGGCGCCAGCACCAGCACCGGAACUCGCAGCACCCGCAGCAGCAGCAGCAGCAGCAGCGGCAGCAGCGGCAGCAGCAGGAGCUUGCUGCAGCAAGUACUGCGGCAGUCGCGUCCGGCAAUAACUCUUAUGCAGAUAGCACAAAUGAUUGUGGGGAUGUAUCUAGCUACCAAGGGGGCCCUCUGUCUCCAGGACCAGCAGCAGGUGCUGAACGCACAGAUUGCUCUGGCUAUGUACACAUCCUACGCUGUAUUGUUUUUGAGGCUUUACUGCAGCAGCUAUCUCCCCCACCUCAGCAGCAACAGAGUGCUGCUGCUUUUCCUUUUGCAUGCGCUCGCAGCAGCAGGCGUAUACCGCCUCUCCUGCACGCAACACAAACUGAACCUUAUCGCACACUGUGCUGUUGGUGCUGUUGCAUCGCUGCUGCUGGCCACCAUAUGCAGAAACACCAACAAGAAAAGCGGGAAAGGCAAAGACACCAACAACAGUGUCUGGCUGUCGCUGCUGCUCGCUCUCAGUCUGCCCUGUGGGUUAGCUGUGGCGGCGAAACAGCAGGAAGAUGAACACGCGGAGCACGAAGCAGAAAAGCCAGCAGCAGCAGCAGCAUCAGCAGCAACAGCAGCAACAGAGACUGCAGCAGCAGCAACGCCAACAGCGGCAGGAAUACCAGCCCGUGCGGAAGGGCUUGGUGAGCGUUGCCCCUCUCUCACUUCUACCUCAGCAGACACCACAAUUCUUUCCUCAUGCUUCAGCAGCUCUGAUGACUUAGGUGCAGUAAUCUCGAAGAGUCCCGCUGCAGCAGCAAGCCCAGACUCAGCAGCAGGAGCGACUCUGUCAGAAAAGAAAGGAAAAACAACAUCCCCACGUAUGCGGCCUCGGGGUGAAGGAGCGAUGAGGCAACUAACAUACAAGACGGCUUCCAUCAAUUUGUCACGCUGGCAGCUCCUUGCUGCUGCUGCCGGUGCUGCAGCACCUAUGGUGUAUGGACAGUUCGUCAGCGGCCAAUGGUCUGUGGGUGUGUGCGUCUUUGGAGGACUCCGCUGGGCUCUUGAGCUUCAGGCAGCCCACCACUUGCGUCUGACAGCCUAG